AUGGUUGGUGGGGACAAUUCAGUAGUUGGUAAAAUUUAUAUGAAGCAUAAGCGGCAAUCUUGGUUACGUCUGGUACUUUUCACCGUUCUUUUUAUUGCCAUACCUCUUGGCUAUUUCGUUGCUGAGAAAUCCUUCAGUUACACUGCAAAUUAUGGUUACUACCCGUCAGCAAGUAUUAGUCUUCCACGAUAUAGCUUAAAUCAGAUGCGUGAAUUUGCAUUCAAAAAUAGCAUUGCUACUGAAUAUAAACCGUCGUUUUAUACCCGUUGGAAUCUUUCAUUCAAUAAAAUUCUGGAUGAUCCUGAUAAUGGAUUUAAUAUGAGUGGUAACGAUGUGAUCGUAUUCUUGCACAUACAAAAAACAGCAGGCACAAGCUUUGAGCGAUUUCUUGUCAAGCAUCUAAAUGUUUCAGCACCUUGCAUUUGUCAUAUGGGAAAGAAACGGUGCACCUGUGUGGGCCCCGGCCAUAAAAAAAAGAUAUGGUUAUUUUCUCGGUAUUCUACCGGAUGGGUUUGUGGAUUACAUGCUGAUUUCACCGAAUUGUUCGUUUCUGGUUGUGUGGAUAAUGCCUUGGAUAAAAAAGAAGGUUUUCAUCGAAAGAGACGAUAUUUCUAUACAUCGUUUUUUCGUGAACCAGUAGCACGCUUUAUAUCUGAAUAUCGUCACGUGGAACGAGGCGCUACAUGGUUAGCAGCCAGGCAUAUAUGCAAUGGUCGACCACCAACACCGGAACAAUUACCAUUGUGUUUUGACCCAGAGGUUGGAUGGGAUGGUGUAACACUAGAUGAAUUUCUUGCUUGCCCAUACAAUCUUGCUUUUAAUAGGCAAACUCGAAUGUUAGCUGAUUUAACACUAAUCAAUUGCUACGAUACUCGAGCAACAGAUGCAGCAACUAGAGAUAAGAUUAUGUUGGAAAGUGCAAAAGUCAAUCUAAAAAAUUUGGCUUUUUUUGGUCUCAAAGAACAUAUGGCUGAAAGUCAAUGGAUGUUUGAACAUCUUUUUCGCUUAAAGUUUACAAAAAAUCUUGCUGAAUGGACCAAAAGUAAAUCGAAUGAUACUGAAAUAACCCCACAACAAAUGCAACUAAUUAGGGAUAAGAAUAGAUUGGAUAUUAUGCUUUAUUCAUAUGCGAAAAAGCUAUUUUUGAAAAGGUUGAAACAGUUACAGUCAAGUAUUGAUGACUAUUCAAUGUUUCCAGACAGAAUAAUCACUGAUAGUUUAUAUCGGUGA